AUGUCUGACGCCGAGUACUUAGUUGGUCAUUUGAAUCCUGCACAUCUAUCUAUCUAUCUAUCUAUCUAUCUAUCUAUCUAUCUAUCUAUCUAUCUAUGUCACAUUCCAAAUUUAGAUUCUUUCUUCUUUUCACCCUCUUUUCUUGAUAUUUAUUCUUUUCUUCAUUCUGCGUUCCUUCUUGUAAGUAUUCAUUUGUGUUUAUUCUGUGGCUGUGAUCGAACUCUUUUAAAAAUGUCUCUAUCUUUUCCUUCUUUUUUUCAUCUUCUACUUCUUGACUUUAUUCAUUCCUCUCUUCUUUAUUCUUUCUUUCUUUCUUUCUUUUUUCUUUAUUUUUAUUAUUUUUUUUUUUUUUACAUUUUGAUUUUUGCAAUUUCCCCAAACAUUAUUUUUUUUAAUAUGUUUUAUUUUUUAAUUUUUCUUAUAUUCUUUCUUUUUUCUUUCUUUCUUUCUUUUUUUUUUUUUUUCUUUUUUCUUUUUCUUUCUUUUCUUUCCGAUUUUUCAUCCAUUCCCCAACCGUUCUUUUUUUUCUACAGAGAAAAAAUUCUUUUAAUUCUUUUAUUUCUUUCUUUUCUUUCUUUUUUUCAUUUUCGAGUUUUCAUUCCUUUAGAAUUUAAAAUUUCUUUUCUUUACUUCUUUUCUUUAUUCAUUCCUCGCUUCAUCUCUUUUCCCUUUUCCUAUUCUUUAUAUUUUCAUUUGUUCAUUUCUUUCCAUUCGUUCUUUUCUUCGUCUAUUUUUUCUUUAUUCAUUCCUCCCACCAUUUCUUCAUCCUUUUCUUUUUUUUUCAUUCCUUCUUUUUUUCCUUCCUGCCUUGUUUUUUUUUUUAUCUUUUUCAUUUCUUCUCGAUACUUUCCUUAUCUCCUUUACUUUCUUUUCUCUAUUCAUCCCUCUCUUCUUUCUUGCCUUCUUUUUCGCUUCUUCAUUCAUUCUCCUAGUUUUCUUUUUCUCCUUUCUGUCUUUUCUUUAUUUCUUAUUCCUCCCUCUUCUCUCUUUUCCUUCCAUCAUGUCUUUUUUGGUUGA